CGCCCAGCAGCAGCGCGGUGGUGGCGGCCGGGCUCGAGCUCUUCACUGGAGACUCCUGAGCGAAACUGCCACGCAGGAUGAGUGAGCUGGAACAGCUGAGGCAGGAGGCUGAACAGCUUCGGAAUCAGAUCCAGGAUGCUCGGAAGGCCUGCAACGAUGCCACGCUGGUUCAGAUUACGUCUAAUAUGGACUCCGUGGGCCGAAUACAAAUGCGAACGAGGCGCACACUUCGAGGUCACCUUGCUAAGAUCUACGCCAUGCACUGGGGAUACGAUUCCAGGUUACUAGUCAGUGCUUCGCAAGAUGGAAAAUUAAUUAUUUGGGAUAGCUAUACGACAAAUAAGAUGCACGCCAUCCCGCUGAGGUCCUCCUGGGUGAUGACCUGUGCCUAUGCCCCAUCUGGGAACUACGUUGCCUGUGGAGGCUUGGACAACAUCUGCUCCAUAUACAACCUGAAGACCCGAGAGGGGAAUGUGCGGGUGAGCCGAGAACUGCCAGGGCACACAGGCUACCUGUCCUGCUGCCGGUUCUUAGACGACGGACAGAUCAUUACAAGCUCAGGAGACACGACUUGUGCUUUGUGGGACAUCGAGACGGGACAGCAGACUACAACCUUCACAGGACACUCGGGUGACGUGAUGAGCCUCUCACUGAGUCCUGACUUGAAGACCUUUGUUUCUGGUGCUUGUGAUGCAUCUUCAAAGCUGUGGGAUAUCCGAGACGGGAUGUGUAGACAGUCUUUUACAGGACACAUUUCAGACAUCAACGCUGUUAGUUUCUUCCCGAGUGGAUAUGCCUUUGCCACUGGUUCUGAUGAUGCCACCUGCCGACUCUUUGACCUCCGUGCAGACCAGGAGCUCCUGCUCUACUCUCAUGACAAUAUUAUCUGUGGCAUCACUUCUGUGGCCUUCUCAAAGAGCGGGCGCCUCCUGCUAGCUGGCUACGAUGACUUCAACUGCAGUGUGUGGGACGCUCUGAAAGGAGGCCGGGCAGGUGUCCUUGCUGGUCAUGACAACCGUGUUAGCUGCUUAGGUGUGACUGACGACGGCAUGGCUGUGGCCACAGGCUCCUGGGACAGUUUUCUUAGAAUCUGGAAUUGAGUGCCAUAUUUUCUGUUCUCCAAUAAUAUGUGGAGAAAUCCAUGCUACAGCCUAUAGCUGUGAGGGGAAAAAAAACAAAAAACUUCUACCUUCUAUUUGCAGAUGAAGUUUUUCUAUUGAGGUGAUUAUAUAUAAAAAGCAGCAUUCAGUAAACUGUAGUUUAUUGAAACUGUUGUAACAAAAAUGGUGGUCAAAGAAACAAUCAAGGCUAAGAUCCCUUGCUGUGGUCAAAGGCCAGGGUAUUCAUUGAGCAGUUGUGUUGACUUUUAACCCGACAGAUUCUUGCUUGUGCUAAUUGUUUCUUUGUGAUUAGAGUGCACACUUUAUAGCAGACAACUGUUUGUGUUUGCAUUUUGUUAAGGACUACCAUUGAACUUUGUAUAUAUAAGAAAUGUCACAUUUUUAAAGUGCUGUCAUGCAAGAACCAGGGCCUGUGAUAGAAGUGAUGCCGUAGAUACCUGUGCUGUCUGAAGGAAGUCCCCUUGGAUUCUGACAUCACAUUUUAACCUGAGAGUCCCCGACUGCUUUUUGAUUAGGAGGGCUGAUAGGUGAGGUGGUUCUGAGGGACCCCGUGGCUGUUCAUGCAUUCUUUGCCACGCUAGGAAUUGAAGUGAGUGCUCAUUUUGAAGGUAAAAAUUUCACUUUAACAUAGGGUACACACUGAAGAAAUGUCAUUACAGUUUAUUACAUUAGAAACUACUGGACACUGGCAUGUAAUUUUUGGUAUUUUAAGAGGCUCAGCCAUUUGAACCAUUGGACCUUGCUGUUAAUUUUUGCAUUCUGAAACGAAGUUUGUAGAAAGUACUAGUAUUUGAGAAGUCUGGCCAAAACCUGACUUGUUCCUACAUCUGAAGACUCUUGCCUGGUGUUCUCUGUAAUAGAAGGAAACAGUGUCUCACCUUUAACAUUUUUGAGAAAGGUAAACUCAUCCACUCAACUGGCACAAAUAUAUAAAUAUAUGAUUUAUAUGUCACACAUAUAUAUGUGUACAUGUAUUUACACACAUAUAUACACAUAUAUAUGAUGGCUUUAUGAACUCUGUGUAAUGUAAAAUCUAUGUAAUGUAAAAACAAGUAUAAAGUAUUUGUACCCUUGAACUUUUACUUUUCCAUUUUUGUGGUGCUGCAGAAAUCCAGGCCUUGUGGCCACUAGCCAAGUACUCUACUUAGUACAGCCCUAGCUCCUCAGAUCAAAGCUUCCUGCUAAAGCAUUGUUUCAAAGGGGUUCAGCUGGCAGCAAAGCUGCACCAACUGUUUGGUAAAGUGUCUGCCACUGGGAUGUCCCACCUCCAAACUGAACAGAUGCCUCUCCUCUUCAGUUUUCUCCUGUAGAUUUAAAUGGUUGACAAUAGCAGACUGUUAUGUCUUGCUGGUGCUGUCUCCUUGGGUUAUUUGGAUGUAUACAAGCACACUGUAAAGCUGCUGCUUAGCAGUUUCUGUGUUAAAGUUGAUCACCUGGAACUGUAACCUCAAUACUUUUAAACUGCA